AUGUUGUUCAGUUUCGAUCAAUUUCGUGUUUCAGCUCUGGACACGAUUCCAAAUGCCGUCAUGGUGUAUUCAUAUUUAACACAUUCGCCGAAUUACGGUAAAGUGGUAUGGUACGCAAGGAUGGCGUGUAUGUUCAAUGCGGUGAACAUGGUGCUUGUGGUGAUGUGCCGAAAGACAGAAAUACGUGAACGUUUACUGUUAUUUGUGCAAAAGUGGAAUCCAUUCAAGAGACGCGUCACCGUUAUUUCUGUGCAACAACGAGCACCGAACGCUCAGAAAAUUACCACUUUUACGUCUUCUAAUUGA